CAGACUGGGGCAUCGCGGGGUGGAGCGAGGUUGCGGACCUGCCUGUCUUAAACUGGCGGCGUUGGCGGUCUGACAGUCCUGCCACUUUUUUUCUCCUCGACGUGACCACUUUGCAAGGGCGCUGGCGGGCAGCCAUUUUGUGUAGCAUCUUUUUUCUUCCCUCUUUCUUCCUCUCUGCCAUUUCUACGUAGUUGUGAUAACCCGUGUGAUUUUAUGCGCCUCUGACGACCAGCCGGCUCUGUGUCCCUGCUCUGUGCGACUAGAUUUACGUGCCCACGAUUCUUUUAUGAUUUGAGACUACUACGGCCGCUGUCGCCCGCACAUCGGAGCCCGCGUUAUCAGCAGAAGUGCGGCCUAUCCUAUCGGCCCGUUGCUAUCUAUCUCUCGAACGCUCUCCAACAGACGUGGAGAUCUGUAUAAGACGGUUGAGAGAAACGAAGCAAACUCUCUUUCACCACAGGAAGCUCACGGGAACAGCUUCCUAGCUUCUCGCUACAGUAGCGGCAGUCUCGCUAAAAAGUUGGUCCGCGAGCGCUGGACCAACCUUCCAGGGGGGACCAGCUGAACGCUGAGCAUAAUUGUUGGCGGCAUUUUCUGCAACCCUUACCACUAGCGGCGCUGCUGGGGCACGCCAUAGCAGGCGAGAUAGCGGAGUUGGGGUGAAAUUUACUGGGGAGCAUGCAAUGGCUAAAAGACAACGGCGAGCCAUUUUGAUCAACCCUUGCUCUUUUGUAUUAUUUCUUUUGAUAUUUGCGUUCACACAGCUGCUCCUCGACGACGCCAAGCUGCUUUUCCUCCGCCUUCAAUCCUCCACCCGUCAAUUCGCUUCUCCUCUCGGCCCUCACCUCUACAACCCCAUCCUCCACGCUCUUGAGCAACUUCCAGAACCCGUUUGCCGUAAUCCCGCCCCCUUUCCUACGUCCUCUCCUACCUCGUCGCCUCUCAACAUGGCGCUCGCCGACCAGACAACCAAGGUCGUCGCCCAGUUUGACUUCAGCGACGAUGAUGUCAACAGCCACGUGAGAGAAUUCCUCUCGCAGAUGGACGAGGGUCUGCAAAAAGAAGGCACCAGCAUGAGCCAAAUUCCGACCUACGUCACUGCCGUCCCCAAUGGCACCGAAAAAGGCCUUUAUUUGGCCGUCGAUCUCGGCGGUACCAACUUCCGUGUCUGUUCUAUUAUGCUUAAUGGUGAUACGACAUUUAACCUCACCUUCAACAAGACCCCCAUCCCCAAGCAGCUCAUGGUCGCAAAGACUUCGAGAGAGCUUUUCGCCUUCCUUGCCAAGCAGAUCGAAAACUUCCUCCGCGAGCACCACGCCGACCACUUUGAAAGCCAUGUCCGCCGCCGACAGACCGCCAGCACACCGCAAGGCUACCGGGACGAGAACAUUUUCCGUCUUGGAUUCACUUUCAGUUUCCCCGUCCAGCAGAUGGGCAUCAACAAGGGCAAGCUGAUCCGAUGGACCAAGGGUUUUGAUAUCCCUGACGCCGUUGGUAAGGAUGUCUGCGCUCUCCUCCAGACCGAAAUUGAUCGCCUCCACUUGCCUGUCAAGGUCGCUGCGCUUGUCAACGACACGGUCGGCACAUUGAUGGCUCGUUCGUACACUUCCACCGGAAAGCACCGCUCUUUGUUGGGUGCCAUCUUCGGCACCGGAACGAACGGCGCAUACAUUGAGAAGCUUGACAAGAUCAAGAAGCCCAUCCCUGGCGAAUAUGUCACUGCCACUGGCGAGAUGAUUGUCAACACCGAGUGGGGAUCAUUCGACAACCAGCUCAACGUUUUGCCCAAUACACCUUGGGACAAGGCUCUUGACGUCAACAGUGUCAACCCCGGUAUCCAAAUGUUCGAGAAGCGUAUUUCGGGCAUGUUCUUGGGUGAAAUUGUUCGUCUAGCCAUCCUAGACAUGAUCAAGGAUAAGAAGCUUUCUCUGUUCAGUGACGACAACUCGAGCCAAAACGACCUUGUCACCACCACGUCGAUUGAUGCCAACUCGGCUCUCUACAAGCAGUGGGGUCUUGACACCGCUGUCAUGUCUGUUGCUGCGGGCGACAACACUCCCGAACUCUCUGCCCUCCGCCAGGAGCUCGAGAAGUCUCUCGGCGUCUACGGUGCCUCUCUUGAGGAUGCCCAGGCGUUCAAGGCUGUAGCCAACGCUGUCGCUCGCCGUGCUGCUAGAAUGUCUGCCGCCGCUAUUGGCGCCAUUGUUCUCCAGUCUGGCGAGCUUGACGACCCUGAGGUUGAGCUCAUCGACAUCGGUGUUGAUGGCAGUCUCGUUGAGCACUACCCCUUCUUCCGUGAUAUGAUCUAUGAGGCCCUGCGCACCGUUGACGGCAUCGGAUCCAAGGGUGCUGACAGGAUCCGAAUUGGCAUUGCCAAGGAUGGCAGUGGUGUCGGAGCUGCUCUCAUCGCCCUUGUGGCAGCCAAGAUGGAGAAGCCUGGCGACUUCCUCAAGGACCUUCGCGCUGAUAUUAAGCGUGGUCUUGACCGUCUUCCGGCUCCCGAGCAGGAAGCCGUCUCUACCAACACUCUUCUUGUUGGUGGUGCCAUUGCUGCUGUUGCCAUUGCCGCUGUGUGGUGGCUACGUCGCCGCCAAUAAGGCAACAUGUCUGUACAUUUCCCAUUUUUUUUGUUUUCCGGCCAAGCUCAUCUCGCUGUCGUCAACUAGACGCUGCAUGGGAGUUUGCCACCUUGUUGGAGUUUUUGCUUGGCUCUGUUCCUCUAGGUCUCUACGACCGUGUUCCUUUUUGUGUGUUUGAAUGUUGUAUAUCAACACAUUGUGUCACUAGCUUGACAUCAUUUCAUUUUUUUCAGCUUAGCUACAUAAUAAUGCGGUAUGGAUUCUUGAACAGUUGUCUCUGGGUAUUGUGAUGUGUAUUAUUGUAUUAAGAUGGGCCGCUGUCUACGCAUGCCUGUGUAACGUUUUAUCUAUAGUCCUUUUUAUCCUUAUCCCGUCGUUAAUCGUGGGCUAUACCUGUUGUAUGUAGAGAGUAUUUGUUCGCAUCUAAUUGCCAAAUGCUGCAGCAGGGUACGAUCGAUCUCUUCGCUUCUUAGCGGCAGAAGAACUGCUUCUCGACGACGCAUUCGAGUUGGCCUCGCUCGCAUUCCUCACCCUUGGCGGGAUGAGCAUGCUAGGGUUCAUCAUCUCUUCGGGGAGGUCGUUCCAUUCGGUUUCCGGGCGCUGGUUCUGAUAUGACUGUGCAGUUCGUGCUGGCGGCGCGCCGGCAGCAGGCGGAGGAGGUGGAGGAGUACCGUUGUUGGUCAUGUUCAGUACGGCAGCGGUGACAGAUGGGCCGGGCACACCAGCAGCAGCCGGUGGAGGACCAGCCGAUGCACCAGGAAGCGCAGCGCGCACAUUGGCAGCAAUCGGACGAGUAACCAGAUACGCCGAGCCGGGCCGGAGCUUGAUGUAGUAGUUCUCAAUGGGCUGGCCGGAGCGCUCGAACCCGCGGUUCUGGUACCACGCUAAGCCCUCAUCGUUUUCGGUCCAGACGUGCGCCGUGAUGUUCUGGAAGUUGUGGUUGAUAUCGGCAAGGGCCGACGAGCAGAUGGAGUCAAUGGCGGCAUUGACCAGCCCGUGCGAUCGGUACGGCGAGAGCAGGCACAGCGAGCGGAUGUAGAGGUUAUGGCGCACGCGGCCAUCGGGCGUGGGCUGCAGGGAGACUUCGGGUCUGCAGAUGACGGAGCCUACGAUUUUAGGAGCGGAUGCAGUGUCGUCGGUCCAUGUUAUGACUCGACAGAAGGGCGAGGAGAGGGCUUCGUUGAAGACGGCGUCGGGGAAUGCGACGGGGAGGAGGAGCGCUGUGGUGCGCUUGAGAGCAGGGAGGUCGUCGGGGGCGAUGAGGCGGAUGUCGGACUGUGGUGGGAUGUAGCUUGGUUUGAAGAUUGGCGCGGGCGGCGAUGAAGAUUGUUGAGGAGGAGUGGCUGUUGCUGGUGGUGGUGGUGGUAGUGGUGGUAGUUGGCCAGGAGGAGGAGCAUAUUUGGGUGCUUUGUUUGGUUGGAAGAAGGACCGGAGGGAGGAUUGGGCGGUGGGUUUGGCGGUUGGAAGAGACAUUUUUGUGAAGAGGUGGAGGUGAAAAGAAGGAAAAGAGGAAGAAAGAAAGGAAGUGAAAGGAUGUGGUGGGAAAGGGUGGGAGAGUUGAUGUUUGUGGUGGGAUGGGAUGCGUGGCCGCACAUGUCCACGGGUAGGGAGUUUGGGUUAGCGUGGGGAGGAUUUCUGGUGCCUGGUAGGGAGCGUGGCUCGACGGCGGCCGGUAGCCGGAGUGGCGGCGGAGGGGAAGGAUUGACAUGUGUCGGUGACUGUGUUUGUGGGGGAAGAACGUGUACGAUGUUGAUUGGUUUAGUAGUGGGUAAUUGUAUCGUGUUAAAAUAUUUUAGAGAUUUGAAUAUUGGUUUUUGGUGGUUUGGGGUUUGAGUGCAUUGGGGAUUGACAGCAGUGAGUAUAUACGUCAUUGUUUGGGGAUGGUAGGGAGUGUAAAUGGGUAUGGUACGAUGUCAUGGAGGCACUGCAUGGGUUUAUAAUUGAAAAAGAAUACUCCUCAAAUAUGUUUAGCGUAUUGAAGAACGUCCAUAAUUUAUUAUGAAUGUACAGCCAGUAUAGAAGCAUUAUUUAUUCGCUCUGUCUUCUAGUCUGG